GGUUGAGCCGUGCGCGCUCGCACCAUGUUUUUGCCGUGCACCCCGUGCGGCGGUACGUAAGCUUUUUCAACAGCCGCCCGUGCUGUGCGUGCACCCGAUUCAGUUAACAGGUGGUAACCAGACUACCAGAGCUCAAACAAAAAUAAAUGAAUCUACCGUGAUGGCUCUGAAAUUCUGAUCCCCCUUUCCGUGGGAUCAGGCCGCCCAUCCGCGAUCCAUCUCGUCCGUCUUAUUAAACGUCGGCACCUCCACACCCUGCUGCUUGCUUGUCCACUACCUCCCGGCUCGCUCGCUGCCCACGCUCAGCAAGAGAAGAAUCUUUGUAUUGCACACACGGUCAGGCCGGCAGACACCCAGCCACUGAGAGGAAACCAGCAAAGCCGCCAUGGAAGAGGCCAAGAAGCAGAGGAUGAGGCAGGGCCACCCUCUCCUGAGGGGAGGAGGAGGCGUCUCCAGGUCGAGCUACACGCAUGGCUUCUCCGCCACCCAGAUGCUGGCGCUCACCGCCGCGUGCGGCGCGCUGGUCCCGUCGCUGCCGCCGGACGACGCCGGCAGCAAGGCCGUCCGGGAGUUCUUCCUCGCGUCCGCCGCCGAUCCGCCCGUCCCCGACGAGGUGGCGCAGCUGAUGUCGGCGAUGUGCCUCCGGGAGGCGCUGGCGCUGAUCCGGACGCUGCUGUGGCUGCUGGGCACGCGGCUGGGGACGCUGGCCCUGUGCGGCUCCCGGUGCCUGUCGUGGCAGGCGCCCUUUGUGCGGAGGUUCGCGGAGAUGCCGGUGGAGCGGCGGGAGGACGCGCUGCGCCGGUGGAGCCGGGAGACCGUGCUCCCGCCGCUGCGCCUCUUCUUCCUCCUACUCAAGGUCUUCUGCCUCUACGUCUUCUACUCCAGGAUCGACGAGAACUCGGAGAACCCUCACUGGGGAGCCAUCGGGUACACCCCGGCCACCGACGAGGCUUCGGCAGAAGAAGAAGAAGAAAAAGAGCAGCCGACUACCAAACGGCCACUCGACGACGGGGUGGUCGAGACCAUCCACCACACCGACGCGUCCCUCCCGGCGUGCCUCGCGGACAAGGGCCUCACGGUGACCGAGGACGCGGCGCGAAAUCUGUUCCGGGUGGAGUGCGACGUCGCCAUCGUCGGGUCAGGGUGCGGCGGGGGCGUGACCGCCGCCGUGCUCGCGGCAGCUGGGCACAAGGUGGUGGUGAUCGAGAAGGGCAGCUACUUCACGUCCAAGGACUACACGUCCAUCGAGGGCCCGUCGAUGAGGCAGCUGUACGAAUCCGGCGGGUUCGUGAGCACGCUGAGCGGCAGCGGGCUGAUCCUGGCCGGCUCCACGGUCGGCGGCGGCUCGGCCGUGAACUGGUCGGCAUGCAUCAAGACGCCGGAGAGCGUGCGCGGGGAGUGGGCGGGCGCGCACGGCGGGCUCCCGCUGUUCGCGAGCCCCGAGUACACCGCGGCCAUGGACGCCGUGUUCAGGCGGCUGGGCGUGACGUCCGGGUGCCAGGAGGAGGGGCUCCAGAACAAGGUGCUGCGCAAGGGGUGCGAGAAGCUGGGGUACAAGGUGGAGCCGGUGUCGAGGAACUCGUCGGAGGGCCACUUCUGCGGCAGCUGCGGCUACGGCUGCCGCACCGGGGACAAGCGCGGCACGGACACCACGUGGCUCGUCGACGCCGUGCGCCGUGGCGCGGUGAUCCUGACCGGGUGCAAGGCGGAGAAGCUGCUGUUCAGCGAUUAUGCCACCGCUAUGACGAGCGCGGAGAAGAAGAAGAAGAAGAGAUGCGUCGGCGUGGUUGUUGCCACGAGCUCCAACCCGGCGAUCACGAGGAAGGUUGAGGUGCGCGCCAAGGUGACCGUCUCGGCGUGCGGCUCGCUAUUGACGCCAGUGCUACUGCGGGACAGCGGGCUCGCCAACCCGCACAUCGGCAAGAACCUCCACCUGCACCCGACCGCCAUGGCGUGGGGCUACUUCCCGGAGGACACGAGGCCAGACCUCAAAGGCAAGAUGUACGAGGGCGGCAUCAUCACGUCCAUCCACAAGGUGGAGGGCGUGGACGGGGUGCCGCCCCGGGCCAUCCUGGAGACGCCGCUGAUGGGCGUGGCCGCGGCCGGGACGCAGUUCCCCUGGGUGUCCGGGCGGGACAUGAAGGAACGGAUGCUCAAGUACGGGCGGUCGGUGCACAUCUUCUCCUUGGUCAGGGACCGAGGCUCGGGGACGGUGCACGGGGAGCGGCGGAUCGCGUACCACAUGGACCCCGCGGACAGGGAGAACCAGCGCGAGGGCCUGCGCCGCGCGCUGCGGGUCCUGGUCGCGGCGGGUGCCACGGAGAUCGGCACGCACCGCAGCGACGGGCAGAGGAUGAAGUGCAAGGGCGCCACGGAGGAGGAGGUCGAGGAGUUCCUGGACGGCGUCACCGUGUUGCGCGGGCCGCAGUCCAAGAGCGAGAACUGGAGCCUGUGCUGCACGGCGCACCAGAUGGGCAGCUGCCGUAUGGCCGCCACGGCGCUGGACGGCGCAGUGGACGCGCGUGGCGAGAGCUGGGAGGCGGAGCGGCUGUACGUGUGCGACGCCAGCGUCCUGCCCAGCGCGGUGGGCGUCAACCCAAUGAUCACCAUACAGGCUGUGGCCUACUGCCUCGCCAACGGCAUUGCCGAGCAGCUCAAACGCGAUCUGGCUUCUGGAAAGAACUAGGUAGUACGAACUGAUAGUUACCGCACGUACGGCCAAUAAUAAGUUCAGUUCGUGUUUGUGAUGCAAGAACUUCUCCUAAAUUCCCAUUAAACUUCCGUCUAAACAUUCAUACUCCGUAUUAGAUAUCAGGCAAAACUAUCAAGUGGAGCUAUCUACUCACCUUUGUAAGUGCAUGACCUGCCUGCAUCCCGUAAACAUAGUAAUAGCAGAUAAUUGACAUGACCAUUCA